CUUUCUUUUCUCCCAAGUUUUUUUGAUGAAAUCUUUCUCCCAAGUUACCAAACCCUUUCGAGACAUCCUCUCUCACGACGAACCACUGCGUACUCGCCUUGGUUCUUUUCCCCCUUAUAAGUGGCAAAACCCUUGGGUAUAUCUCCGGCACCCGCUCCUCUUUUCCUCAGGUCUAUGAUACUGUGAUUCUGGGCUGAAACCUGUGCUGCUUUGGAGAGUUUUCUGGUUUUACCUAAUCGGGAGCAUCAAUCAAAAUGGAACUCGGGUCCUCGGAUAAAACGAAGGCAACAUUUUCUUUGGCUGAUGAGGAUCACACUCUUGCAAAUUCCGUUAGAUUCGCCUUGAAUCAAGAUCCAAGGGUGACAUUCUGUGGGUAUAGUAUUCCUCAUCCUUCAGAUGCUCGUGUUAAUAUAAGAGUGCAGACUACUGGUGAUCCAGCAAAGGAGGUUUUGAAAGAUGCACUCCAGGAUCUUAUGGGGAUGAGCCAGCAUGUGAGGGCCACUUUUGACAAGGCUGUUGUAGAUUUCAAAACAAGUGAGCCAGUUAAACCAUGAACAUAAAACCAUAAAGAAAACUGCAAUUGCUUCUGCCUCAACUUGUUAUGCGAGUUCAUACUAAAGCAUAAAAGGAUUUUGAAUUGAAAUGAUCUGUUCCAUGUGAUUUAAAUCUUUUUAUAUGCAGUCUAGCAUAAUCCAAUUUGAUUUAUGCCGCUA